AUGGGUGUAAAUGGCCUCUGGCAAGUAGUGCAACCUUGCGCACGCCCUACGAAUCUCGCUACCCUCAACCGCAAGCGCCUAGCUGUCGAUGCCUCCAUCUGGAUCUACCAGUUUCUCAAGGCUGUGCGAGAUAAGGAGGGUAAUUCGUUGCGAAACUCCCACGUCGUCGGCUUCUUUCGUCGUAUAUGCAAGCUGCUAUGGUACGGAAUCCUUCCCGUCUUCGUCUUCGAUGGCGGCGCGCCCGCCCUGAAAAGACAAACCAUCCUUGCACGGAAGAGGAGGCGUGAGGGCAGACGUGAGGAUGCCGUAAAGACCGCAGGGAAGCUUUUGGCUGUGCAGAUGCAUCGCCGUGCCGAAGAAGAAGAAGCGAUCCGCAAGAAAAAGGAAGCCGCAGGACCGAUGCCCGUAGACGAGAACGAGGAGCCUCUACCUGACAUGAACAACGUCGUGUAUGUCGAGGAGCUAGGCAUGUCCAAGCAGGAGAGAAUGAGGAACCGCAAGUUUCACAAGCAGGAUCCUUACCACCUACCCACUAUAGAUACAAGUCUUGCGUCCAUGGCGCGGCCUGAGGAUCCACGCAUCAUGAGUAUCGAAGAACUUGAGGAGUACGCACGCAACUUCAAUUCUGGGGAGGACAUCAACCUUUACGAUUUCAGCAAGAUCGACUUUGGCGGCGACUUCUUCAAGAGCCUUCCCUCUGUUGACAGAUAUAAUAUUCUAAACGCAGCGAGGUUAAGAAGUAGGCUGAGGAUGGGUUUGAGCAAGGAGCAGCUCGAAGACAUGUUCCCCGACCGUAUGGCCUUUUCGAGGUUCCAGAUCGAGCGAGUGAGAGAGCGAAAUAAUCUUACACAACGUCUCAUGCAAGAGGCCGGAAUGACCGGACUUGACCUUACGAUUAACGGUAGCGGCCGCAUCGCGGGCGACAAGGACCGCGAGUACAUCCUCGUGAAGAACGAGGGAGCAGAAGGAGGUUGGGCGUUGGGGGUCGUGAGCAAGGAUAGGGACCUCGGCGAGAGCCACAAGCCGAUUGACGUGGAUGCUCUCCAGUUUGAGUACCAGAAAAAGAGCGAACCGGAAGAGGAUGAUGAGGAUGAUUUCGAAGACGUGCCCAUCCCGGGUUUAAAUAGAUUGCCGCCCAUCAACCAGAAUACUGGCCCCGUUUCCGCCGCCGCAGAUUUGGAAGCGAGAGAGAGAUACGUACGCCAAAGGCUCCACGACUUUACGACGAACGAUGGCAAUGCCGAACCCCUCGACGAAGAUCCCGAUUCCCUUUUCGUCGGCCAGGACAUUGACGACCCCCAAUUUCCCAUUGGCGGAGAAUCCGGAUUAUACACGGAAGAGGAAGAUGAUAUUAACAAAGCAAUUGCCCUUUCCUUGCAAAGCCAGCAUGGCAUCGGAAAUCAGCCUGAGUCAUCCCUGGGAGAGGGCGAGCCAGAGGAACCUGAGAUAGCCGCUCCGGUAUGGAAGCAAAGAGCAGCCGAAACACCCACAAACCCCAUCAUGACAAAGAGCGGCCGGAUGGUAGCCCAUAUUGUCAACAAUCGCGCCAAUGCGGCUGUUGCGCGACAACGUGUCGUUAAUACUAGGCCAGGCAACGAGGGUGACAGCGACAGCGACAGCAGCGUUGACCUACAAAGGACAUUAGCUAAGAGCAACAAGUCUCGUAAAGAAAAGCCCGGAAAGUCUGACCCCAAUGCAUCGAAUCCCUUUGCGCUCCAAACCCCCAAACCACCUCAGCACAACCUAGAAAGCGCCGACGGGGAUGCCGCCAUGGACGAACUCCCAGGUGGGUUCGAGAGAGAGCCGCAUGACGACAAGGCGCCCAAACCACUUCCACCCUGGCUCGUUCAUGAUGGUGACAUACGCGACUCGCUGAAACACCAGAAAACCUUGCAGGAAGAGAUGAACGCAGAAGAUAGGGAUAUGGCGAUUGAGAAACAGCAAGAAUGGGAGCGGCAACAAAGGGACGAAAUCCUCGAGAUAUCAUCGUCUGAUGAGGAGUCGAAUGACGUUGAACUAGUUGAGGAUCCGACUUCGCUCCUUGAAGACAUCCCUAUUGACCCUGCGCUCACUAUGUCGGGAGCUAUAUCUUCGGAGGCGACUCUAGAGGUGGCCGCGCAUGCCUCACCUGAUUCCCCAGAGCCGGAAUUUGAGAACGUGGGGAUUUUAAACGAGGCGGCAGCCGCUUCGGUUCCACCAACGCUGACCGUCGAAAUCACCUCCGACUUAGAAAAGCGAGCUCCCCAGGGUAGCCUUCAUCCUACCGAGGAAAUGAUGCUUCCAACGAGAAUGAGUGCCAAGCCAUCGCCUGAAGCCAAAAGUGCAGAGCCUAGUACGAAAAACGAUGAUUUUCUUUUCAACGACGACGAUGAUGCUAGUGUUGAAGACGACGAGGAAGAGUUUAGCGACCCAGAGGAGGCCGAGCUCUUAGUACAGAUGGAAGCAGAGGCGCAAGAGCAUGCCCGAUUCGCAAGCGAGCUGAACAGCAAAUCCACGCAAGAAAACCUGAGAGACUACGAGAUGGAGCUUCGGCAGCUUCGGACACAGCAGAAGAAAGACCGGCGAGAUGCCGACGAGGUCAACAGCACAAUGGUUGCGGAAUGCCAAGCGCUCCUUGGCCUCUUUGGUAUCCCAUACAUCACGGCACCGAUGGAAGCGGAGGCUCAAUGCGCCGAGCUGGUAAGCUUGGGGUUGGUAGAUGGUAUUGUCACAGAUGAUUCGGAUAUCUUUUUGUUUGGCGGAACGAGGGUUUACAAAAAUAUGUUUAGCACCAAUAAGUUUGUCGAGUGCUACUUGUCCUCCGAUCUAGAACGGGAGAUGUCUCUCUCCCGAGAGCAACUCGUAUCCCUAGCGCAGCUUUUGGGAUCGGAUUACACGGAAGGGCUUGCGGGUGUCGGACCCGUCACAGCAGUCGAGAUCAUCUCCGAGUUUUCUGGGCCGACAGGACUCGAUGAUUUUCGAACCUGGUGGGACGAUGUCCAGUGCAACAACCGGCCUAGGGAGGCCGACGCAGACAAGCCAUUCCGCCGAAAAUUCCGCAAGUCACAGGCUACGAAGCUCUUCCUGCCACCGGGGUUCCCCAGUCCGGCUGUCACCGAAGCAUAUCUCGAACCAGAGGUUGACCAUAGCAACGAGGCGUUCCAGUGGGGAGUCCCGGACGUAGAGGGCCUACGGCAGUUCUUGAUGAACACGAUUGGGUGGGGCAAAGCCCGGACGGACGAGGUGCUGUUACCCGUCGUCAAGGACAUCAACCGAAGGGAGAUUGAGGGAACACAGGCCAAUAUCACGCGGUUCUUUGAGGGCAGUGUGGGGACAGGGCGCCUAGAGGCAUUUGCGCCGAGGCAGAGGACAACGACAAGCAAGAGGAUGACGGAUGCGGUCAGCAAGCUAAGGCAGAGAACAUUAGUAGAUUCUAUGGGGGUGCAGACGGAAGCCAGUGGUCAAGGCCCCAGUACUAGUGUCCCGGCCGUUACCAGUCGUGCUAAGCAGCCGCGCAAGCGGCAGAGGCGGGAUACGGCGAUCGAGGAAUCUGAUGAAGACGGCCCCGCUGAACACGAGGACUCCGCGGACGUUAACAAGAGGAGUGGUGCCGGGCGUGGCAAGAAGGCUAGGGCUUGA